AAGCCGAAGAGGGUAUCUCGGCAAACCGAGCAAUCGGUGACAAGCGUGAUGAUGCAAACAAUGGGGACAGUUCAACGCAAUGCAUCUAUAAAGCACGUUCUCGACCUACCGUGAGGGCAGCUGGGUAGUUUCAAUUGUAUCAAUUUAUUCUCUUCUUCAACCUGACCCAAUCACACACUUGCAAAAUGAGCGAUUCUACGACAAUCAAUGUACUAGGCGCGGGAGUCAUUGGCCUCACAUGUGCUCUGGUUCUGAGCAACGACCCCAAGAACAAAGUCAUGGUUGUGGCGGAAUUCAUGCCUGGUGACUACGACAUCGGCUAUGCGUCGUGCUGGGCCGGGGCCAAUUUCUUUCCAAUGGGGAAAGCAGGCUCUCUGCAAGCAGAAUUGGAAGCCAAGACUUGGCCAGUACUGAAGAACUUGGCACAGAAUGUUCCCGAGGCCUGCAUCCAUUUCCAAGAUGCCGUGCUGUAUAAGCGAGAAACAGACACGGGGAAUAACGAUCAUCUCUUUAUGGAUCCGGGACAAAUGCCGUGGUGGAACAAUAUUGUUGAAAAUUAUCGUUCCGUCCCGUCCAAAUCUCUGCCUCCCGGAAUCGCCGCUGGAUCUCAAUUCACGACCGUCUGUAUCAAUACAGCCUUGUACCUCCCGUACUUGUUGGGUCAGUGUCGUCGGCGUGGUGUUAUUUUUAAAAGACAAAAGUUAGACAGUCUUGCAGACGCAACGAAGAUACCCCACGCAGACGGUAGGCUCGGCAAAGUACUUGUGAAUGCGACCGGACUGGGCUCUCGAUGGCUCAAAGGCGUGGAAGAUCAGACCAUGAUUCCAGCGAGAGGCCAGAUCAUGCUUGUUCGUAACGAUCCAGGGGUGAUGAUGGGCGUGAGCCAGGGUGAGAACGGCGACGAACUGGGCUACUGUAUGACCAGAGCUGCAGGUGGUGGAACAAUCCUCGGAGGGUGCUACCAGCUGAACAACUACGACUCGAAUCCGGACAUGAAUCUAGCAUUGCGGUUUAUGAAGACUUGCGUGAGCUUUUGCCCCGCUCUAGUUGCCGCAGGAGAGGGUAUAGAGGGAUUGAAGCCGAUCAGACACGGUGUUGGGUUGAGGCCUGUUCGCGAGGGAGGUGUCAGGAUCGAAACCGAAACGCUCAAUGAUGAUGUGGAAACCGCAGUCGUGCAUUGCUAUGGUCAUGGGGGAUGGGGAUACCAGACAAGCUGGGCAAGCGCCGAUGCUGUAGCGCAAUUAGUUCGAGGCUUGAAGCUGGCAAGCCAGGCGAGACUGUAAGCCACGUUCCAAGUAGAUAUCAUGGUCUAAAUCAAUCAAGCUCCAUGGAAUUACAGCCCGAAAAUAUAAUUAAUUU